AUGACCAAACGGUUCAGAUUGCGGAAUGGGCGCGAGAUUCUAGAGGAGCGAGCCUUUCUAGUGGGCGUCGAGAUUCUAGAGGAGCGAGCCUUCCUAGUGGGCGUCGAGAUUCUAGAGGAGCGAGCCUUCCUGGUGGGCGUAGAGGUCAGGUCCGCUGCACCCGCGUCCCCCUCCGCCUCCCCCUCAGCACCCACGCUCUUCCCCAUAGAGGAGUCGCGGGCGGAGCUGUCUCAGCUGGUGGAGACGGCUGGACUCAAAGUCGUAGGCACCACGCACCAGAGGGUAGCAAGCCCCAACCCACGCACGUACAUCGGGGCCGGCAAGGUGGAGGAGGUGCGAGCAGCGGUGUCAGGCAUGGGAGUGGAGACGGUGGUGUUUGAUGAUGAGCUGAGCGCGGGUCAGCUGCGCAACUUGGAGAAAGAGUUUGGGGGCGACGUGAGGGUGUGCGACCGCACGGCACUCAUCAUUGACAUCUUCAGCCAACGCGCCAACACCAAGGAGGCUGCCCUGCAGGUGCAACUAGCCCAACUUGAGUACCAGCUACCGCGCCUAACCCGCAUGUGGACGCAUCUGGAAAGACAGGCAGGCGGCAUGGUGAAGGGCAUGGGGGAGAAGCAGAUCGAAGUGGAUAAACGAAUUAUCAGAGAGCGGAUGGCAGCUCUUAGGCGCAGCCUCACAUCAGUGAGAGAGCACAGACAGCAGCACAGGGACCGGCGAGCUGGCCUGCCCAUCCCGGUGCUGUCUCUGGUGGGUUACACCAACGCCGGCAAGAGCACUCUGCUCAACCGGCUCACAGGGGCGGGGGUGCUGGCAGAAGACAAGCUGUUCGCCACCUUGGACCCCACCACUCGCCGCACCCAGCUACCCAACGGCAAGGAGUGUCUGUUGACGGACACAGUGGGGUUCAUUCAGAAGCUGCCCACCCAGCUGGUGGCAGCGUUCAGAGCCACGCUGGAGGAGAUCACAGAGGCGUCGGUGCUGCUGCAUGUGGUGGACGUCAGCCAUCCAAUGGCGGCGCAACAGGUGGCGGCGGUGCUGCAAGUGCUUGCUGAGCUGGAAGUCUCCCACAUCCCCAUGAUCACCGUACUCAAUAAGGUUGACCAGGUGUCCCCUGAUUGGCUGCAGCAGCAGCAGCUGCAGCUGGAGGCCAUCUUGGACCAGAAUUCGGGCGGCAGAGAGAGCAGUGCGGGCGGCAGAGAGAGCAGUGCGGGCGGCAGAGACGGUGGCGGGAGAGAGGGUGGGCGGCACAGGAUGGUGGCGGUGUCUGCAGUGACUGGGGAGGGCAUGGAUGGACUGUUUCACGAGCUGGAAAAGAUGGUCAACGGCCUGCUGGUGAGCAUCGAAGCCAUCAUCCCGUACCAGGAGGGGCAUCUGCUGGGGCUCGUGUACCAGCUGGGCGCUGUUGAUAGAGAGGUGAGAGUGGUGAGGACAACUUGGGGUGGUGGACAGAGAGGGGUGGGGGAGAUGGGAGCUGUUGCAAGAUGGCAAGGGAAGAGAGCCGGAGGGCCACACAGGAGCACCUCCUCACUGCCCGUUGCUGGCAGAGUAGCAAUGCACCCUCCCUUUUUCCUCUUCUCUUCUGCCUCUCCAUCUGGUGCUGAAGGCGAUUGUUCCACUAUGGGUGGCUCAGCUGCUGCCGUUCUGCCUCUUCAUCUCUCCCCUUUCCCCCCUCUUUUCUCCUCCCUUUCCUGUCCUUCGCCCACCCAGGAGCAUCUUCCUGAAGGCACGUUGCUGUCAGCACAUGUGCCGCUGCGGGUGGCGCAACUGCUGCUGCUGCUGCCAUACCACCCUCACCCUCUUCCCCCACCCCCACCCAUUCCUCCUACCCUUGUUCUCCCCUUUUUCACCCGCACAGGAGCACCUUCCCGAAGGCACGUUGCUGUCCGCACAUGUGCCACUGCGAGUGGCUCAGCUGCUGUUGUUCCUUUCCAUCUGCCUCUUUCCCCCGUCCCAUCCACACAGGAGCAUCUUCCUGAAGGCACGUUGCUGUCAGCACAUGAGCACCUCCCUGAAGGCACGUUGCUGUCGGCGCACGUGCCUCUGGGGGUGGCUCAGCUGCUGUUCUGCCUCUUCAUCUGUCCCCUUUCCCCCCUCUUUUCUCCUCCCUUUCCCGUCCUUGCCUGCACAGGAGCACCUCCCUGA